AUCAAAAUCAAAGAUGAAGAAAAAACCAACUAAAACCCAAGAAGCCAAAAAAAUCUUGAAGAAGAAAUUUAAAGUCAACACAAAAAUAGUCUUUACUGAAGAUGGAGAGUUAGUGCAGCAGUGGCCACCUGUGCAAAAAUCCAGUUUGGCGAAAGCAGAUGAGGAAGAUGAUGCCAGUGGUAUCAACUUAGAUAAAGCGAAAGAGAUACUGCGGGAAGAAGACAAAUUUGACAAAGAAGAAUACAGGAAGAAAAUAAAGGAAAAACAUAGGGAGAAAAGGCUAAAAGAAAAAGCAGCAAGGAGAGAAGCCAGGAAUAGGAACACAGAG